CCUCUCUCUUUAUUUCUAGGGCGCCAAUGCCUCUGCUUUGGAGAAAGAGAUUGGUCCUGAACAGUUCCCUGUGAAUGAGCAUUAUUUUGGCUUGGUCAAUUAUUGCUACGCAAAAGAAGAAGGUGGGAGUCAUCCCACCCAAGAAAUUUAUUUCCCGAUUGAGGAAAGAAAAUGAAUUAUUUGAUAAUUAUAUGCAACAGGAUGCACAUGAAUUCCUCAACUACCUACUUAACACUAUUGCCGACUUGCUGCAAGAAGAGAAAAAGCAGGAGAAGCAGAAUGGCAAACUCCAGAAUGGCAGCGUUGAGAGCGACGAAGGAGACAAGACUGAUCUGACGUGGGUCCAUGAAAUCUUCCAAGGAACACUAACCAAUGAAACCAGAUGUCUUAACUGUGAGGCUGUUAGUAGCAAAGAUGAGGACUUUCUGGAUCUAUCGGUUGACGUGGAACAAAAUACAUCAAUUACGCAUUGUCUAAGGGGAUUUAGUAAUACUGAAACUCUAUGCAGUGAAUAUAAAUACUAUUGUGAGCAGUGCCGCAGUAAACAGGAAGCACAGAAGAGAAUGAGAGUGAAAAAGUUGCCCAUGAUUCUAGCUCUGCACUUAAAAAGGUUCAAGUACAUGGACCAGCUGCAUCGAUACACCAAACUCUCCUACCGCGUAGUCUUUCCCUUGGAGCUCCGGCUCUUCAACACUUCAGGAGACGCUACAAAUCCUGACAGAAUGUACGACCUCGUGGCUGUCGUUGUUCACUGUGGCAGUGGUCCGAAUCGUGGACAUUACAUCACCAUUGUGAAAAGCCACGGCUUCUGGUUGCUGUUCGACGAUGACAUUGUAGAGAAAAUUGAUGCCCAGGCCAUUGAAGAAUUCUAUGGGUUAACAUCAGACAUUUCAAAAAACUCAGAAUCUGGAUAUAUCCUCUUCUACCAGUCAAGAGACUAA